AUGUCCAACUACAUCUUCAUCGCCUCGCUUAUCGUGUUCUUUCUAGGCUACGCUUACGCCGUCACAAGUGAGUUCCAAUCGCUAUGUUCCUUUGAAAAUUCCACCUUUUCAGCAUGGUCGGCAGUGUCUAGUAACGGUUUGAAUACCGUCGGUUCGUACGGAACAGUCGCAGGUGGUCCGGGAGGUCUUGGAGGAGGUCUUGGAGGAGGUGGUCCGGGUGGAUUCGGAGGUCCAGAAGGACCAGUAGGCUUCGGAGGUCCAGGAGGUCAGGGAGGCUUCGGAGGACCAGGAGGCCCGGGAGAAUUCGGACACCACCACCACCACCACCACCACGAAGGACCAGGAGGUUACGGCCCAUACGGCAGGUACGGAGGCGGCGGAUAUCGUGGAUACGGAGGAUACGGCGGAGGAAGAUUCGGCCGAUACGGGCCCCCACCACCGCCGCCGCCGCCGUUCGGAAGACCGUUCUGA